AUGUACGACCAUGAUAUGAAUGAAAAUUAUGCAGCACUAAACGAUAAACAGUGGAACUCAACACGAAAUUGUGGUCGAUGUGCUCAAGUGUCGUGUGAUGACCCUCGAUGCAGUGACACGACAACUACUGAGAUUGUAUAUAUUGUCGACAGGUGUCUCGAAUGUAAAGAAGGUGAUUUGGAUUUGUCCACGACUGUGUUUCAAAAAGUCACAGGUAGUCGUGACUCUUCUCGUUACAAUAUCAAAUGGAAAUAUGUCGAUUGUCCUGUAAAUGGUAAUAUCCAAUAUUGCACAAAAAGUGGCAGUAGCAAGUCAUGGCUAGCAAUUCAGCCAACGAAUUUUCUCAAUGGGGUUGCAAAUAUGAAAAUUGCUCAUCAAAGUGUGACAAUGGUAGAGUCAUGUUACUAUUUUCUGCUUGAUGGUGGUUCGAAUGUCGAUAUGUCUGCAGUUCCUAUCGAACUUACGUCCAUUGCAGGUGAAACAAUUUCAGAGACUCUCAAUCUCUCAAGUAAUCAUUGUACAGAAGGAAUGUCGAAUUUUGGAAGUCAAAAUACAAAGUCAAUGCAGUUGAUGCCCGUUUCAAGUGAUACUUCGUCGUCUUCAAAACCAUACGAUUUGUUCUAUUCGACUAAAUCAAACAAUGACAAGGAUACGUUUAAGGUUGGUACAGUACUUGCGGCUAAUGAAUCUGGAAGCAAUGUGUCGAUUUUACAGUCUAAAGAAGAAGAGAUAGAGAAUACGUCAAACACGAAAGAGACAGAUCAAGACGAGAAAUUAGAGACGAAAUACGUGACAAAUAAAGCAGAAGAGAUAUCGUCAAGUACAAGUCCAGUCUUGAUGGCUUUAAUCAUUGCAGCGGCAGUGGCUUGUAUUGCCUUGGCUGUUGUUGCUCUAUCGGUUAAGAAAAAGAAUAUCAUCCACAAACGUGUUGAUCAAGACGAUGGAUGGGGUCAAGCAUUUGAUACGUUUAACUCUCCAGUACGUAUCACAGAACGUAUUGCCAAGCUUUAA